AUGGUGGAGUCAAACGCGUGGCUCGCGGCGGUGAGCGCCGACUACUGCGCCGCGGGCAUCGUUCCGUACUGCUACGACGAUGCCGGCCGGUUGUUCUUUCUGCUCCACACAGAAGGGUGCGGGCAUUGCCCCCCUCGCGCUAUCGCGUCCGCGCGCAAUCAAGCAUCCGCGAGCGGGCGCAAGCAAGGGGCUCCCCGCGCAAGCGCAUCCGCGUGCGACGCAUCAAAGCAGAAUCAGGAUGAAGAGGAGUACAGGCAAGAGAGUGCAAAUCCUUCGGAUCAGCCGCAAGAGAUAGUAGCGAAGCAGGAACCGGAUCAAGAGAACGAGGAGGAGCAGAAGCAAGCGAGUGCAAACCCCGCGGAUCAGUUGCAAGAGAUAGUAGUGAAGCAGGAACCGGAUCGAUAUAAUGGGGAGGAGCAAAAGCAAGCGAGUGCAAACCCCGCGGAUCAGUCGCAAGAGACUGCAGCGGAGAGCGGCGCGGAGAAGCGGAAGAGGAUGAACGACCAGUUGCGGAUGGAGUUGGCGCAGGAAGAUCCGCGGAGUCGGAAGAAGCGGCUGGAAGCGCUCAAGGCGGAGCACCGGCAGAGGGAGAGCGCGCGGAAGCGGCAGGAGAAGCAAGAACGGAAGAUGCAGGAUCAGGAUCAAGAGAGUGAGGAGGAGCGAAUGCGAGAGAGUCAAAGUCCCUCGGAUCAAUCGCAAGAGCCUGUAGCGGAGAGCGGUGCGGAGAAGCGGAGGAGGUUCCUCGAGUAUGCGCGGAUGCAGUUGGCGCAGUUGGCGCAGGAAGAUCCGCGGAGUCGGAAGAAGCGGCUGGAAGAGAUUAAGGCGGAGAACCGGCUGCAGGAGAAGGGGCGGCGGCGGCAGGAGAGGCGGAGGCGGAAGAUGCAGAAGAACGGAGUGUUUUUGCUGGACUUCGGGGGGAAGAAGGAGGAGGGGGACAAUAACUCCCCCGCUCGCACUGCUGCGCGGGAGUACGUGGAGGAGUAUGAGGCCGGCUAUUACAACCUCAAGGGUGCUUCGUGGGAGAAACGCAUUGCUGACGUGGCAGCAGCACUCGCGGACCAAUCAGAGGCCUUCUACAGCGGGAACAGCGGGCACGUGUUCUUCCUGUGCCACGCGGACCGCCUAAAUAGCCCCAAGCAGGCCGGCAGCAGUGUGACAGACAACAGCGUGAUUGAAUCGAAUGGAACGAACAGCACUGCAGGUGGUGCUGUGACAGUAAAGAAAAAAGCUGCAGGUGCCAGCACCCCAGCAGUACCUGCUUCAGUUGUGGCUCGGUUAAACGCCAGGUGGGUGGAUUCUUCUAAACUGGUGGAUCAUCUUCUAAAUAAGAAGAGAUUAAAGCCCGCGCUGCACUACCGUCUCAACCCGUCCGGACCUACAGGCGGCGUUCCUGAACUCGUAGCCUGCAUCGCAAGGCUUCAGGAGUUUGGGAAUGCUUGUGUGAAUCCUCCUGCUCCUUCUGAACCACGAGAACUGCCGCCUUGCAUUGGCAUUGCCGCCGCAACAGGGCAUGAGAACCGAGUUGCGUGCUAA